ACGCAAUAUUUUACCAAAGUGAGAGAUGUUGAGCACUACAUGUAUUCAGCCUUUGUUAACAUGGACAGUACCACCCAGGACACACAUGUCACAAAUGUCACCAAUGGUAUUAGUGUUACUAACUAUACACUAAAUGUUGUAAUAACAAGCCUAGACGCCUCUAAUGACACAUACGAGUGCUGUGUCAUGUUCAAAGACAUCAGGGAUCCUGUUGUUACGCCAGCAAGACUCUAUUUCAGCUACACUGGUAGAAAAAAUGUUUACCUAGCCCGGCAGUACAGCUGCUCAGUUCCGGUCAAGUCAUCCCAAAGUUUACCACAAAAAAUAACCCUCACCACGUCAAAGUCUUGCCCAAGUCAUCCCGACGAUUACGUCACAAUUGUGUACCCAACUCGGUAUCAAGGUCGUAUAGCUUUGUGUGGCAAGGUCGUUUAUGGCGGUGGCCGUGACCCGGAAGAGAUCAUCGAAUGGUUUGAGAUGCAGCGAACUCUUGGAGUCGACAAAGUUCUCAUUUACGAUUUAGGAAAUCCUGAUAACUUAACUCGUGUUUUUAGAUAUUACCAAAAUUUAGGAUUCUUAGACGUGCAGCCGUAUGAGUUACCGGGAAAACCUAAAAACAGAACGUUCUCGAAACCAUUGGAACACUGGGAUCAGUACGACGAGGAUCAGACAAUGGCGGUGUUGGACUGCAGACAACGAAUGGGCGGAUACGAUUAUAUCAUAAGUCAUGACCUGGACGAGAUGAUUAUACCAAGGAAAUACGUCACGCUGCAAACACUGUUUGAG